AUGUUAAUCACACGAAAAUUUUUAUAUUUAAGUUUAACGAUUUUGCUUAUUGAAUCACUAACAAUUUGUGCCCAUGCGAAAUCUCUACCUAAUAAUAUAGGCCGCAAUGGCAGACGAAAAAAUAUUAAAUCAAGAUCUCAUAGAUCUAAGGGAAAUAUUAUACAUAAUGAGCCCAUACUCUAUACCCUACCGAAACCCAUCAAACAGAUACAGAUCUCCUCAAAAUCACAAGACAAUUUUUCGAAACCUUAUAUGAAUGAUGUCGAGUAUGACUUACGAUUAAGACAAUUAAUGGAGGAGUUGGUGCUUAGAAGUCAUGCGGAAAAACCUCAUGAUAUUAGUACAGAACAUUAUCUAGAAAAAACACCUAACAACGACCCUCAAAAUUUAUUUUCCCAUAAUCCAUCAAAUUCAAUAGAUAAUAACAACAUAGUACUCGAACCACAACAGAUUUCAGUAAUUAAAGAUUUACCUAUCGAUUAUGAUGCACCAUUGAAUGAUAUGACCAAAACAAAAAAUCUAACAAAUAUUGCAAAUGGAAUUACAACAAGUCCCACUAGUGCCCAAAAGAUACGACAGCAAUUGGAGUUCUUACAAAAAAAUGCUGAGAAAUUUAAACAAUUUCAACAAGUGCAAGAAAGAACGAAAAAUGUUUCCUCCCAAACUCCAUUGAAUAACAUGACAGAAAUGGAAAAUCAUUUAAGUCAUUAUAUCGUUGAAAAUCUUGCGGAAAAUAAUGUAAAAACUACAAAUUCAACGCCAAAUACCAUUAAAAGUAUUUCUGAAGCCACUGAAAACUCAAUGACUUCAUUCAAGGGCAACAAAGAUGAAUAUUUAAAUAUUGAUGUUGCCCACACUAAUACAGCAAUGGAUAAAUACAAAUUAACACAUUCUGCCAAUGGACUUGAAAAGGAAACAAAUAUUGCCAAACAAAAUAAUGUUACAAAUAACAUCUAUUUAAUUAAACCAAUGACAAAAGAAAAUAAAGACUUGCCGAAUGAAAUCGAUUUACCGAUACCACUUAUCGAUGAAAUUGCAGAUUUAACCACAGAAAUGCCUUAUAGCGAUACUACACUUAUUUUUCAACAAUCUGAACACCUUGAAUUAACAACUCCAAAAGGGACAUCUAAAAAAUAUGAAAAUUAUUUUACCACUGAAUCUCCUGAAGACAUAAAAUCAUAUGAAAGUGAAAUCGACGAUUUUGAGAUUUUAAAAGAAAUUUUAAAUUCAUCCAAUAAAAUUAAUAGAGAAGAAAACCAUAAAAAUGAAUUAGUUACUAAAUACUUAUUGGCUACAGAAUCACUACAUUUUAUGAAUACAACAGAACAGCCAACAACAUCUAACUUUGAUGGAGUCAUCUAUCAAGGUGUUAACGAUACUAAACUUCCUAACUCAAAGAUUUUUUCACAUUCGAAAAAUACUACAGACAACCAAAAAGAACAUAUGAACGAUGAAAUUAAUAAUACGAACGCAAUAGAGAAAAACAUAAAUCAUACCAGCAGUCAUACUGAUUUUCAUAUCAUAGAUGAAGAUUUUGUUAAUCAUGGGAUUUUGAACCACAAAACGCAAGGUUUUUCUGAAAAUAAAUAUAAAGAAUUUCUUAUUGAUCAAACGACUGAACUGCCUGAUUAUGACCAACUUUUAAGUAAUGAAACGGAAUAUACUUUUAAUGAUUCCAGUGAAUUGCAAGAUCAAACUUCUCAACUUCACAUUGCGAUAGAUAUUUCCAAUCCAGUAUCAGACGAAGAUUUUUCUAAUGAAUCUACAGAAAAUUAUGAAUCUACUGAAGUAUUAUCUACAACAAAUAUUCCCGAAGUUCAAAAAGAAUCUGAGAAUAUAAGUGUGGAAACAACGGCCUCUAAUAUUUUAGAAGUGUUAAAUAACAUUAACAAAUCUGAUUAUAUGAAUUCUGCCAUAAAUACUGAAAUUCUGAAAAGUAAAAUUCUAUCUUCAGCAAGUUUUAAAAUCAAUCAAACAACUCAAUUAAAAAAUUAUAUCUCCCCAAAUGAUAAUGUAGAUUAUUCAAAUGAAAUCGAUUAUUUUGAACAUCUGAGUAAUCUAACAGAAAUGGAUAUAGAACAGUCUACUCAAUCUAGUGUCGAAACCUCUCAACAAAUAUUACCGCUGUCCAGUAUGUCUAUUACUACUGAUUGGGAAGAUUACGAUGAAUCCCCAACAACUGAAGCCCCACAAGAAACAACUGAAAUUCCAACAAAUGAUUUACCAGUUACAACAGAAAAAAUUAAACUUACAACAGAAAUUUCCAAUAAUUCAAGUACAAACUUUUCAAUACACAGAGAUUCAAUCCUUGUAGUUCCCCAUUCAGACACUGAUAUUAUAAAAUCAUCAGAAACAAUUACUCAAAAAAAUAAUAGUAUAAUAAUAAAUAUAAACGAUGCUGAUAAUUCCCUGAUAAUUGAUACAGUUAAAAAUAGAAACAGCGAUAUACAAUUUUUGAGAAAUCAAUCUGAACUGUUAACCACUGAAAUGUACCAAUCCGACAUUUCACCCACUAAAAACAUUACUACAUCGCUUAAAGAAGAAAUAGAAGCAAAAGGACUUGCAAUGCAAACAACUAACAAUCCUCUAAUGGAAACCACAACAAUUCCAGAAGAUAACAAUAAUUACGAAGAAUAUUUAAGUUUUACCACAACGACACCUGCAGUUCGGAAUAAUUAUGGAAACAAUAUCGAAGAAUUUAAUGUACAAAAUACUCUCUUACCAGACAAAGCCACAGAUGUUUAUUUAAAAAAUAUAGUACAAAAAAACGAAACUAAUUCUGAAGUUCUAGUUCAGUCAGAAAGAAACUCACUCAAAAGUCAAUUCGGAAAUGGGCCUAAAGAUUCUGGCAAUUCGACUAUUUCGUUUUUAUUACAAAACAAGCAACAAACCAAAGACGAAACUAAACAAAUAUUACCAUCUGAACCAGUAAGUGAUGGGACUUUGGCAUUUGAAGAAGAUCAAAAUAAUUCAUACACACUGGAAUCCUUAGACGAUUAUAAUAACCGUAAAUUAUUGGGAGUAAGUUCCCAACAGCUUAAAAAAGAUUUUUCAAACGAUACUAACGAUCCUAACAUAAUACAACAUAAAAUAUUAUCCACAUAUUUAAUCGAAUCAAUAAGAAACAAUUUGCCCAAAACUCCAAAUAUUACUAUUGAUGGAUCUACCGUAAACUCAUUACCAAACAAUAUAUCUUACGAACACAAAAAUAACAUGGCUUUAGCUGAAGUCGAAACUUCCCAAACCACAUUUUCUUUACAAGACUUCAUGGAAGAUAACGAUGAAGAUGAAUUCAUCGAAACUUCAACCUCCAUUCUAGAUAUUAACACUGAUUCAAAUAAUAAUACUAACAAGCAAUCGAUAUUAACUUUAAAGUUUCCCGAUAUUUCAAACAGGUCCAAUUUUGAAGCUUCUAAUAUAACUAAAAUUAACUUAGUAGAUUUAAUUAAAGAUACAAAUUUUGAAAUGGAAGACGCGGACAAUCCAGAUGCUCUAGGUAGUCAUAACGAAAACUUAAUGUCAUCAGAAAAUAUUGAUCGUAAUGGUGAAGCUGAUGAGACAUCUUCUACAGCUGCUAGUUUUAAAAAUUACAUGUUAGACAAUCUAAAUAACAAUGAUUUUGAAUCAGAAUAUAUUGUUAAUAGUAUCACAGAUGUUUCUCCAAUUAACAAUGUACCAAUUGACGUUAACAGUAUAUCUGGAAAAAACUCGUUCCAUAAUACUUUUGCAGAUUCAUACGAAGAAGAUAAUUUAGACACAUCAUACACUAAAAUUCCAAGUGAGAGAAAGGUUGAUGAAGACUAUGACAGUAGUGAAGACGCGACGUCCGAGACUUCAAAUAUUUUAGUAACAGCAGACUUGGCAAACUCCAGUUCAUAUACAACCCAAUCGUUCAAUAAUGACAUUAUACCACAAAGUAAUUCUUCUGAAAUUUUUUAUAAUAAUGGAACAUCCAAUUUUGUUCAAGAUGUUACAACCCAUGAAGAGUUUACAACGGAAACUAAUGAAUUAUCCGAUUCACAGUAUUUUAUAGGCGAUUCAACUGCACUCACAGAUGACUUCAACGAAAGCGAUGUUGAUUUACCAUCAACUACGACAGUCGAUAAUUCUUGGGGUUUAAAAGAUAACAUAACGAAUGAUUUUACGCCUCCAAAUGAAAAUACUGAAACAGUUACUGAAGUGGUAUGGUUAACUCAAUCAAGUUCCUAUGAAAAACCAUCCAUUAUAAUUGAAAAUAUACCAUAUGAGACCUCAAUUUCUGGUCCUCUUUACACGGUCUCUAAUGAUCUCGCCAAUACUGCAAAAGUAACAAUUUUAAAGCCUGAGGAGAAAUCCGACCAUCUUAGCGAAUUAAUUGCUUUAAUAGGAAAUUCUCUGCAAGACUCAACACAGACAAGUGAACUUCAACAACAAACAGAAGAUGAAAAUAAGAACAUAAACGAUAAUAAAAAUGUUAAGGAAUCUAGGUUGCAAAAAAUACAAGAAGAUAUAACAUCAACAGUCAAUUGUCAUACAGGAACUAUGUCAUUUUCAAUUCCAUCAUCUCCAUCGCCACCAUCAGUAGAAUUUGAAUCAGAAGAAGUAGGAGAAACUAAACUAAACAACAGUAGUGCUGUAAUCGAAAAAAUUAUUGGAAAUGACAAACAAAACAAGUGGUCAACGUUUAAAAACAAUCAACUGAAUAAUGACAGUUUAAGUAAAUCCGGCAAUCUUCCCAUGAAGAAGAAUGCUAAUGCUGACGACGGUAAUGCUGUUGCUGAUAUUGAUGAUGAUAUCGAUGUAUAUGUUAAUGCUGCAGAUGAUAUAGAUGUUGCUAAUGACGAAGGUACAACUACUUAUUCCAAUGAAAAGAACAUGAAAUUAGAAAUGAAGGUAGAGAACAAGGGCUCUAUAAAUGAAAAAACUGACAAGAAUAGUGAUAAUGACAGAGUUGUUGAAAAUGGAAACAAUGACAAUGGGUCAACAGUACAACACAGUACAAAUAAUGAAGUUGAAACAUCACAAUAUGAGGGAGGGAUAAAUGAAAUGUCAACAAUUGAAAAUAAAUUGCACGACAUAUCAAAGAGCGAAUCAAACGUUAUGACUAGAACAGCAACAUCCUCACAUGACAAACAUGAAAUGGCCGAUAAUAAAUACAAUAAAAAGGAUUAUCUAAAUAAAGGAAAUGGAAUGAUAAUCAAGAACGACAUCAACCCAAACUCAAUGUCUGGAAUAAAGACACCAAAUAAAGAUGACGAAAUUGAUGAUGCUGGAGGACGACCCAACGAUAAAACAGAAAACAUAUUUAACAAUUUACUAAAAACACAAUCCUUUCCUGCUACGACACCCUAUAACACGAACUCCGACAAAAAUAUACUUGCAUCCGCCCAAACGAAAGAGGAAAUUACAACGACAAAUUGGUGGCACUCCUUGCCAUAUGCGGAAAUUAGAAAAUUUUUAAACUCCAUCUUUGAUAGUGUUACAUCCACCGACAACAUAAGUUUAAAUGAAUCCGUCGAUUCUACGGUUGCAUCAGCCACAGUACCAAAAACAUCAUCACAAACCAAUGCUAGCAAACUCAAAACCAUAAAAGGACGGAAAUCUAAAAAAGAGCAAUGGCCAAUAUGGGUAUUGAACAACAUUUGGUCAUCAUUAUUAUAA